AGCACAUCAAUGUUUUACCACCCUCUCUUCCAUGGAUGUGGUGCCUGCAACCACAGCCAUCUAUGUGUUGGUUCACGCAAAAAAUACCGAUAGUACAUCCAAGGAGAGCUACUCUGUUCUUUCUUGCAGCUAGUUUUAGGAUCUUGGCUUUUCUUGCUGGGAAGUAUCUGCUACUUCUAUGGAGACCAAAAAGAAAACAUGUCCCACAUAUUUUACCAACAACUCUGAUGAGUGCAUUUCCUCAAACAAGCAAGAGAGAGAAGAGAGAAAGCAGAUGGGUGAAUUAUGAGCAUUAGGUGACAAAAUUGGCCUUAAUUUGUCAUACUAUACUGAGCUGGAGAAUAUGCAGAGGGCAAAUCUUAAUUUAGGGACCAAGCUUGGCUGGCUGACAAUGAUAUCUUUACCCUCUGCAACACAGAAUUAAAGCGCAUAUCUUCAUACAAAUCCAAGAAAGAUUUAAGAGAAGAAUGGAGCAUCUACUAAUGAUGUUGUAGCCCACUGCUUGAAUUAUUUGUCCUAAUCUAUCAUCUCCUCCAAAUGCAUUGAUGCUCACUGUCUUCAUUUUCUUCUCCAAGUGUGUACUUAAUGCAACCGCCCAUACAGUUAGAUUAACUAACAAGAGAACAUCUAUCAGCCACUUCUUGUCUUGAAGACACCAAAUAUCUUUCCUUCUUCUCUGUACCUUCUAAUAAGUUAGAGAAGGACUGUGGAGGAAUUGUUGUUAAUGACUGACACAUCUUCUAAUGAUGGACCAAAGUGUCUAAAUUUAGCUGUAGUUGUCCAUAAGAUCAUGGCAACUAAAUCUAAAUCUGGUCUUUGUCACUUCUGUGAGCUUGAAAAAUCAGAACAAAAAUUUCUUGGCCAUCAAAACCACCAAACCUUGCAUUGAGGGAGUUGAUGUGAUGUGACUGUAAGGUCGAUGAAGUUUGUGUUCCGUUCAUCUUCAACCUCAAAAUCUGGGUCAGGGAAGAAAGGAAAAGGCUUCGGGAACAAUAAAGGUCAAUGGCUGUAAGAUCUCAUCAGAGCUCUUUUUUAUGGCGAGUGGGCAUGCUGUCCUCAGUGGUCGUUCAUUCCACUGAGCACUAAAGAAAAGCAAGGAGACACCUUUCUUCUUCCAUACUGCUCCUAUAUAAAGCCGGCCUCAACCCAUUUCUUGGAUGUUUCUUCAACCCUUGCUUCUGUUGAGCUCCACCCUACCCAUGCCCUGAGAGAUCUUGAGCUCCAUGGAAUCGUCUAGUGGUGGUGCUGCUGCUGAUGGGAUCCACAGGCAGGACAUCCAGGCGGCCAUUGUGAAGGCGGCGGAGCUGAGGGCGCUCCACGCGGCGCUGCUCCACGGGAGUACCGGCGGCAGUCCCGCGGUGGUGAGGUUGCCCGCCGGCGCUUCCCCUUCCUUUUCCCGCGGCGCCAAUCAUCUCGCGGUACCUGAAGAUUAUCCUGUCUUCACGCCGAGUUAUGAAGAGGACCCGUUGCCUGGAUACCACUAUCUUCGUGCAGAGAACAGAAGCUUGUCACAAACUUGGAGUGCAAUUGGUCUGGAUGGAGAAGGAACAGAUACUGAAACAGUUGUCUUUGAUAGCAAAAGUGUGAAUAAACUUUCCACGUCAAACAGUGAACCAAACAUUUCAUCUGUAAUCGAGCACUUAUCCAACAGAACCUCAUGCACUAACCGCAUGCCCAUGUCGCAAGCCACCCUAGGAGCCGAUAUCCUCAAGUCCUCAAGUAGAAGAACAGGCUCAGGAGAAUGUAGAACGGGCAUUACAAAUGAGGCACGCAAGCGGGAAACUGUUAACAUGGAAGUGGAUGGUGACCAGAAGAAUCUCAAGAAUGUUAAAAGCACAGUGGCACCAUACAAUCCGGAUCAAUCUGUAAAGAUGCACACAAAACACAGAGGGCCAGUCCUUUCAUGGUUAUUUCCAAAAUCAAAAAAGAAGCCCAAGCCAGAAAUGUCACCAAAGACGAUGGAAUCGGAGGACAUGUCCCAACUUCUUAAGGAAUGGGGGGUUCUCUCACUCGAGUCACUGAAGAAGGAGCUCCUCGAGGCCAAUGAGAACAGGGAUGCUGCCCUGGCGAAAGUUUCAGAGAUGAGGUUGUCGUUGGGAGAGCUGCAACAGAAGCUAGUCAGUCUGGAAGCAUAUUGUGAAGAGCUGAAAACGGCCUUAAAGCAGGCUACACAUACAAAGAGUUCCCAGAGUCUGGAGAGGUCUAAUCUGUCAAAAAGAAUGAAGUCCAUCGGUGGCAACAAAGACAACUCGAUGCCGGUCAGCCAAGAGGUAAUGGUGGAGGGUUUCUUGCAGAUAGUAUCAGAAGCCAGGCUCUCCAUCAAGCAGUUUUGCAAGAUGAUCAUCCAGCAGACAGAAGAAACCAGCGACGAUCUGUCAGAGAAACUAAAUUUGCUUCUCCAACCACAUCAGAUGACAUUAAGUAGCAAGUACUCAAAAGGAGUAAUCUAUCAUUUAGAAGCCCUCAUAAACCAAUCUUUAUAUCAGGACUUUGAGAACUGUGCAUUCCAUAAGAAUGGCUCUCCAAAGUUUCUAGAUCCCCGGCAAGAGUGCCGAGAGAACUUCUCGUCAUUUGUUGCGCUCCGGAAUCUGAGCUGGAACGAGGUGUUGCAGAAGGGAACCAAGUACUAUAGCGAAGAUUUCAGCCGGUUUUGUGAUCAAAAAAUGAGCUGCCUUGUUUCCUUACUAAACUGGUCGAGGCCAUGGCCUGAACAGCUCCUCCAGUGCUUCUUCAUCGCUGCCAAGUGCAUUUGGUUGCUCCAUUUGCUGGCCUUUUCCUUCAGCCCACCCUUGAUGAUCUUGCGAGUCGAGGAAAAUCGAGAUUAUGACCCCAUCUACAUGGAGGAUAUCCCCUUAGACAGACACAGAGCGCAAGCUCCUGCUCGAGUCAAGAUCAUGGUCAUGCCGGGAUUCUAUGUGAAGGAUAGGGUGCUGCGGUGCAGGGUUCUUUGCAGGCAUAGUUCUGUGGCAUGAUCAUUUGUUCGGUGGAGUUUCUUUUCUUCUGUUUGUAGCGACACAUUUGCGCUCUCUGGAGUAACUGAAGGUGUAAUUUUCAUCUCCAUACUGCUUGCUUUUAUCUUUCUUUUGAAGUAUAGGCGUGAGAAAAAACUGUAUAUUUUUAUCCAACUAACAUGGAAAGGUCUCUGAUGUCCCAAUCAAGAGUGAGUUUGAGAAGGCUAUGACAGCAUUACUUUGUUCUUA